GCCUGCCCUCUCUCUCUCUCUCUCUCUCUUCUGUUGUUCUCUUCUCUCUAUCUCGUUUUACCACUACCGAAACAUAAACCCUCUGAUUUCUCUUCCAGAGCCGCCGCCCCAUCCUUCUUCCUUCCUCUCGCGUCCUCUCUCUCUCUCUAAACCGAGGAAGAGAACGGGACUAACCUUCUCUUCUAUACGAUCUACCUCUCUCCCUCACAUUAUUUCUGAAAAUAACGAGGAGAACGAAGAGGGUCGUCGGCGGUGACGACUGGAGGCAUACACCGCCGACGAUGACAACGACGACAAUGAGGGUGAAUAUUCUAAUCGGCAACACGAAGUCCGAUUUAACCUCGCUGUCGGUCGCUGCUCUUCUAUCACGUCACUGGUGACUAGUCUAGGAAUCCGAUCGCGAUGACCCUAAAUCGGAGACUUCCUCUCAAGAUGAAGGAUUUCUGGGUUUUGGUUCGAUCGAGGAAAGAAGACAAGGGUCAAAAGUCGUUGGCAAUAGAGUUAUUUCGUCGAUGCCAACAAAAUCUUGGUCGGGGCGAGACCCUGACGACCACAACCUUAUCUCAAAAAGAAAGGUUUUAGAAAAGGCAGAACUUGGAUACUUUGCUGGUGUGGGCGGAGAGAUAGACUUUUGUUUUAUUUUCCAGCUUUGUAUUUGUGACACUUGAUUCCACAUUUGUAGUGACAAAUGUUCUUGAAUCGGUGUAAUUAUGUCGGAUCAUUGUAUUAAGCUUCAAACUCUUCCAUGA